CGUGCCCUUACAGUUCCUGAGCUGACUCAGCAAAUGUGGGAUUCCAAGAACAUGAUGUGUGCCGCAGACCCACGCCAUGGCAGGUACCUCACUGCCUCGGCAAUGUUUAGGGGAAAAAUGAGCACCAAAGAAGUGGAUGAACACAUGAUUAACGUGCAGAACAAGAAUUCAUCUUACUUUGUUGAAUGGAUUCCAAACAAUGUGAAGUCAAGCGUGUGUGACAUCCCUCCAAGAGGACUAUCGAUGGCUUCCACCUUUAUUGGAAACUCGACUUCCAUUCAGGAAAUGUUCAGGAGAGUGA